AUGACCCAAAUUCGCGUGGAGCCCGUCACUGCGCCGGCGGACUUCAGCCGAUUCUUUGAGCUUGCGGCCCUCACCUUCGGCCUUCAGGUCCACGAUGGGGUCUGGUGCGCCAUGAAUCCUGGCUGGGACACGCCCGAGGGUCAUGCGAGCGGAAGUGCCCGUCUUGCUGCGCGCUGGUCCGCCACCACCAAUGACCGGCAUGGCAACCGCAACACCAUCUUUCUCAAGGCUGUCAUUGAUGGUGGUUCGGAUGAGGGGAAGAUUGUCGGCGCGGCUAUCUGGGAGCAGGCUUCCGCGGUGGUCGGGCACGGCCAGGCGCCUGCAGCCGAGAUCGGCAAUGCAGACCUGGAAGCUCUGUACCCAAAUCAGCCGGAUGAACAGCGGUACCUCCGGCAGGUAGACCUCUCACUGCGCCGGCGUCGCUUGGAGGUAAUCCGGGAGAUUGCGACGAGUGCGUCCCCGGCGGUGAUGGUGUUGGACUUAUGUGUGGUCGACCCAGCAUGUCAGCGACUUGGAAUUGCUACCAAACUGGUAGAAUGGGGCCUCCGGGAGGCCAAGGCGCGCGGCGGACUGGAGGCUGUGCUGGAAGCUUCGAGCAUGGGGCGGCACGUUUACAGGAAACUUGGGUUUGAGCAAGAAGGGGGCGAGUUCCGUUACGACGUGGACGAUCAGUUCCGGGGUCGUGACCAGCCGUCAAAUGUCUUUAUGCGUACCGGUAGACCGGCAGUCUGA